GUUUGUGUUUUAACACAGCUGAGUGAAGCAGCAGGCAAGCUCAGCCGUUCAAUGCAGCCGUGGCUGACCAGCUACGCUACCACAGCUUCACUAACACAAUGAUCCGUGUUUUAAUAACUUACUAACUUUUUUUCCCAGUCGUCCCAGCGCUUUGUAAGCCUGAGGACACGGUUAUGGUUUUUGAGAAUGGAAACGGAGGACGUGUCGGUUCGAGAGCAACUUUUCCACAACCGUGUCAGGGAGACCAUAGUAAGUAACGCUGCGCUAUUGUAACCGUCGGUUAAUAUGUAUAUUAGGGCCGCCUGAGACAAUACAGUCAGUCACGGGAGAAGUAGGUUACAAGUAAGCCACUUCACUAAACUUACCACUUACUUAUUUUUCUCUUCUCCUCAACCUUCUUAUGUGGUUUGCCAAAGUGGAACAUUUCUGCAUUGAUGAAAAGUUGAUCUAAAAGAGACUUUUAAAGUGACUUUGGAUGAUUUACGGUGUGAAUUGCAGUUAAAGCAAGCUUCACUUCUGUUCCUUAAUGAUGGCACAGAUGCAGCUGGUCAUUAUGCACAGGAACACCAAAGAUCUGACUCAGCAUCUGUGUGGAUAGACUACAUCUGUUGAACUCUUCUUGACUCAAAUCUUCCUUCUAUCUCUUCCUUCUAUCUGUUUGCUGUGGUUUUCAUAACUCUGCUGCUCACUUGUUUAGUUUUAACACUAGUAUUGAUGAAUUUUCUUUGCGUUGCCAUUUCAUGGUGAUUGACCGUUUUGUGUAACAUCCUCUUCCAGUUGAACUUCAGACUUCACCUAGUGAUCAGCUCAGUUACAGCAAGACACACAGAUUUUGACCUUAGGCCCUUUACAGUACAGACAGGUCCUUUUGACAGUUUUCUGUAGGAUACGAGAGAUAUUGCUGAUACCAUGUACCAUGAGUGACAAUGGCUAACUGGGACACUCAAAUAUCAGUGGUUGAUUUAUCAGUUUGUCCUGUUUUUGCUUAACUGUACAUACUGUAGAUAAAGAAGAAAAAAGGAAGCCCUCGAGUACACUAGGAUAUGAUAAGCCAAAUGGUGCAUCUGUAAUUUAGGCCAACAGAUAGAUGUGGACUACAUUUAUGGAUAAACAUAUGACAGUAAUACCCUCGAAUAAUUUGAUGUUCUAGUUUCAAGAUUGAUACGAUUACACAGACUUUAUGGAAGUAACCCAUCAUUACUGCUACUACUGCUACUACUUCUGCUAUUUGAAAAAGUUCAUAUAUUGAUGCUCCUCCAUUGUUGUUGUCCCUUUUACCUCAUAGUUAACACUUCCUACUUUAGCUGCUGGCUGACCACCAGUUUUCCAUCUUUCCUCAGUGCAUCCUCUCGUGCUGAUCAGCUGCCCCUGCAUCUCUGGUAGUAAAGGCCUUCAGUGCUGCUUGUUCAUUGACAAGUUCAUUUUAAAUUAGAGUUAGGGUGUUUCUAAAUGCAAAACAACAAACAGAUACAAAUUUAUCACAUUGAUUGAAGCGAGAAACAGAUACUGUGGGUACUGUGUUGAUAAGAAUAGAUCAGAUUAAGAGUAGGAAAUGCAGGCAGUGCCUUCUUGAUAACAACUUGACCAAAAAAGUUUAAGACAAAAUAACAAACAGUGUUACUCUUUCUUAGCAUUCAUACAGUAAACGGUUAAUCUUUUAAAGACAUUUAUAAGGAAUCAGUGAUCUAAAAUCAGACUCUUUUCCUUGUUAUGUAAUAGUAUUCAGAUAUCCAGAAUCUGCCUGAGGUUCUUUAGGGAAUGAAAACUAUUCAGAUAUUGAAGGUAUUUGCAUUAAAAUAAAUUCUUAUCUGUCUGGCAAUUUUGGGCUUCCUGCUUUAGACUCACUGGACUGAGUUAACUCUGAGUGGUCAGAAGAUAUGCAGGCUCAUUUACAUGAUGAUAUUACUCAGUUUAGCAAUUGUUGCAGAAUAGGACAUUAGAACAUUUUGAGCUUGAAAAGGGUAUUUGUUUGAAGUGUUGUUAUCAGCAUUUCCAUUUUUCUUCUAAAUUUUUCUUCAGUUUUGCCUCCUUAUAAGGAAACAAAACCACGUAAGCCUAAAUUUCAAACAUUACUUCAUUGGUCUUCAGAGGGACAGGUAAGCAAAGUAUCCAGCCAAGUACUGAGAAACUGUUUGUGGUCGACUCUGUCAACCAUGUUGAAUGAAAGUAAACAAGUAUUGCCUGAUAGAUUAUGGGUGACAUAAACAGUAGAGUCUUGAGCACACACCCAGAGCCCGCACCCUGUGCCUUCAGGGAUGAGAGAUCAGUGAUCAGCAGAACAAAAGCCAAUGAUACACAGAAAUAGUGUAACACCCUGCAUCAGCAAACAUGAAGAUAUCCACACAAUGACAAAAAUGUUGUUUGAGAAUCAUGUAAGCUAUAAAACACAUUUGAAAGACAAGUGUGCUUGAGACGGCGUAUUUGUCAGGAAUCACUUUCUGAUUUGAGAGAAAGCAGAGCCACACUGUGGAUCUGAAAUUUGAUUUGAUGGUUGGAUCACAUCUGUUCGCCUUGUUUUAGUCUUUUUAAGGCAAAGUUGUUUAGCUACUGUGAUAGAAUUACAGUCCAAGCCUGGAGACACUAAAGUACCUUAUUUUCUUUUCUGGAGAACAUAAACGCCUCCUUCAGUUUUCAGCUCUAGCGUUUCUGAAAUCUUGUACAACAAAGCUUCAAAUAUUUGCGCACACAUUCCAGUGAAUUGAUCAAAACUCCUGAAAACAAUGUGCUGUAGCUGCCCGCCUGCUCUUGGAUUAGGGUGGCUUUGCCCAUGAAACAUUUUCAGUUAUUCCUGGCUGUUGAAUAAAUCAAGAAUAGGUCUUGCCUAAUCUAUCCUCUUACUUGUAAACAAAGGACGUCAUGUUUUGCUCCGAACGUGUUUAGUUGGACAAGAGGCUCUGAGCCCCUGAAAUAACCAACUCUGAGGGAGGGAGCCCACUUGACAUUUUGAGGGGAUUUACUUUGCCACUGCCAACCUUUUGCUCCUUUGAAUUGGUACAGGAACUGCAAGGUUUGGAGAAACUUUGAGCGUCAUUGUGCUUGAAUCUGCUUGAAUCGGCACCAAAAUGUUUGGGUAACACGGUGAAUUUUAAAGACUCUGCCUGAACUCCUGGCCCUUGGACUCUCUGUUCAAUACAAAGAUACCUCUCAGUAUUCUGAGUUCCCUUAAACCCUCCUCUCAGUGGCCUGUUGUGUGUGUGCUGCCAGCUCUCAGUGUUGCCAAUCAGCACGUGUUUACAUGCAUGUGGACUAAUGGGGGGUUAAUCUGCAAUGCCACACGUAUUUCUCACCAAGUAGUACACUUUCUUUGUUUCCUUUUUGUUCUUCUUGUGUUAGAUAAACCAGCAAGCUCUUGCAAAAUUACGCUGAAUUAUCGAACAUUGUUUUGGGCUGAGGUGAUUAGUUGUACAGUCCUUUGUUGUUAUCUGAAGCAGCUAAUAUGUAAUAAAUUAAAAUUCCCUUUUUAUACGUUGAAAAAUGUGCAUUCCUCAAGAGACUAAUAUUUGUAGUGUUUACACAAUUUAUUCAACAAUGUAAGGUAUAUAGAAAGCCGCAACAUGACUAAGGUUUGAUUGACUUUUCAAAUUUGCUCCUGUUAUAUGUUGUUAUUCUGCCGUAUGUCAAAGAGAUCUUAUUAAAAACAUCCUUUUGUCAUGUAUUCAGGUAUGUGAGAGAAAUGCACAUUAUCAUGGAAAUCAUAGCCUGUUGUUAGGUCUCUUGUUUCUUUUAUUGUUUUGCUAUUUUUUUAAAGUCAAGUAUGCAUAUUGACCCACAUUUCUGCAACAUUACUUUCACCGAAACUUAACAUUCAAAAACUGAUUAUUUUGCAUGCACUCGUGAUAACCGUGUUUGCAUCACCGGUUUAACACCUCUAAGUAUGUUGUCAUGUUCCUCCAGAGAGUCCUCCUGUCUUUAUUUGUCGACGUUGUUACCUCAGGGACAACGGUAACAUCCCUAAGCUUUCUUGGAGUUGCCUUGCAGAAAGGUUUCAGUGGAUCUGGCAUCAUAACUCACCCAUCUGUCAGUCCCGCACUUUGGUACACUUGUUCUCGCUCUGAAUGGAUGAACAUGAAAAUUAAUCACAGGCAAUAUUAAUCCAUAGGAGAUGAAUCCUGAUUAUUUUUGUGACCCUGAGGUUUUUAGAGACUGGGGUUUAUGGUUGGUUGCCCACAAACAAAGAAAGGAUUCCUGUCUGCCUCUUUGGUUGCUCAUGUUAAAACGGGGUAAUGAUAUUUCAGAGUCAUGCAAAACUGAAGCUGGAUUUACACUAGGCUGUAUGUGAUGAAGCAAAAAGCAGAAAGUGUCACCUUGAAAGGACCUGUUUGCUUCCUGGCUAUAUCUUUGUGCAUGUAAUGAAGCAGCUUCACGCUCUUCUCUGCUCAUGGACUUGUUUUUUCUCCCCCUUUCAUUUCUCGAUGCCAUGAAAACGUCCAAUUAUGUGUAUCGCUGAUAUAAAGACAAAUAUGUCACAGCAUCAGUCUCUGUUUUGGUAGCCAUCUCUGAUCUAUCCCCAGUAAAUUUCACAGUGAAUACCAUAGCACCCUUAUACAUUAUGUCCUCCCCCCUCCAGGGACGGGAUGUCCUGAAAUUUUCAGUCAUGCGUGUGUCGAAACGGUUUAACAUGCUAAUGGAUCAUUUACAUCAGGAUGUAAAAGUUCCUCAUGAGGUUGUGUGGAAAAGAUCUUGAGUAAUUUGAUCUGUUUUCGCCUUUUUAUGCUGUUUCAGAUGUUUGCUGGACUCAGCUAUGAGUUCUUUGGGGUUAUGUCACUGUGUUUUUGUCUGGAAGGUCCACAUAAUAAACUAAUCCUGUAUUUGUGAAUUCUUUUGUGUGUAUGGUCAUCCAAAAACUGUCUGAAUAGAGUGACUGAACCAGAGUUCAUCUGAGAGAUGACAUUUGGGUUGUGUGUGGAGAGCUUUUCCAGACAGCAGCUUGCUGAGUGAACGUGGGUUUAACCUAAAUUUUCUGUUAUGUUUAGUAUUAUGUCAGAUCAAGAUCUUUACACCCAGUAUGAGGGCUGUCACUGGUAUUAAACCUUCUGUUACUACCCUUAAUCCCCCCCAGUUUAUCACAGUCCAUUUCACUCUUCGUUUAAACAAAUUUGUAAUCUUCAGACUCCAUCUGUCUCUCUUGGCCUUGGCGAAGCAAUGUAUAGACUUGUUUAGGCCUGAAUUGAUAUCCUCCUUGUUUUAGUUUUUUAAGUUUCCCUGCACAAGAAAAAUUAAUCCACACAAAACAAAUAUGUUAUGCAUUGCAGUUUGUUUGGCUUGUCCUCCACGCCCUGGUGUUUUUGGUGACUGUGUUGUUCAUCCCCUCUCACUUUUAAGAUCCUCCAGAGCUCAAUGAAUGACACAUGUAAUGCUAGUUUAAGAAAAUGUGUCUCUUAAAAGCAUAAAUGUCUAGAACAGGACUGAUUCUUUUAUGUAAUUAGCUUCAUAACUAAUUUAAAAAGUACUUUUUUUUUCCUUUUCAGUCAUGUUCUCAAACUGCAAAAAUGACCGUUUUCUUUUCUUUCUUUCUUUCCACAGAUUUGUGUCCUCCUGUUUGCAUGCCUUUACAUGGUGUCCUACCUCAUACUCACCCACUUCAAGAAAGCUGCUGAGUUUGUUACAGGUGAGUUUUGAAGCCACUCUCCGCUUGGAUUUUAAAGGUGCACCGCACAAAGAACGCUCUGUUGGAAAGGAGUUACAUCAAAGGAUUAGAAUGGAGAAUAGCCGGGAGGGGAUUGAUGGUGUUGACAAGCAGACAGACAGCAUACAGGUUUUUUUUUUUCCCCACUUAGUAUGUAGGACACAUUUUCAAGCAAGAACAGGUGCUGCUUAGAGCCUGCCUAUUAUGUUCUGCAUAUCAAGUGUUUUGAACUGAGGUUUGUGGGGGUGGAUGGAAAAGGGGGGCUACAUUGUCUUAUUUUAGGAUUACAUCAAGAUUCAGAGAACUGGAUUAUGCUCAUUAAGAAUUAAAGUAAACGUUGCUUUAUCUCAAAUCUCAAUCAUUUUUAAGCAUGGUACUCCUAGUUUCAUCUUAAUCAAAGAACUCAAUGACAAAGUUUUAUAGACAGUUAUGUAUGUUUGGAUUAAUAAUUUAAAUCAUGAUUGUUUCUGCACACAUGCAGACAGAUUUCAUGUUGUGCUAGGCUUGCAACUCUUAACCCAAGGCUCCCAGGUCUGUCCAGAGGUGCAGAAGGCAUGUUAUGUAACAUAUAACCACCUCUGCAAUCAGGAAUGGUGGAGGGGUGGUAAAGAAUGUUGUUUCAAGACACACAGAGGUGUACUUUCGACUCAGAGCUUCAGGGCCCCUCCGCUCAGAUGAAAACAUCUCAGGAGAGAUCACUUUUCUACAAGCAUAUGCUGUAAACCUACGUAAUGAAUCUCACUGGUUGGUUUGCUAUUUCAAGGAGAUGUUGAAAAUGUGUAAAAUAAAUGCAGUUGAUCAAAGUAAAAAUUUAAAACAGCUUUGUUCCAUCAAUGCAGCCACCCUCAUGCUUAGUGACUCCAUUGACAAAAAAAAGAUAAAUUCAGUUAAACACUCAAAACAAGAUGAGCCAUCUGCAGUUUGACCUGCCAGACUAUUACGUAAUAAAUCUAAUAACUUUACAUUCAAACCAGAUGUCGGAUAUCCAGCUAGCACAGUCUUCAUGCUCUGGUUGGAACCUCGGACACAGCUGUUUUCCCCUAUUUUGUUGCUUUAUUUUCCUUUUUUUCAAGUGCUGGUUACCUGCAAAUGCAUGAGGCUGCUGUCGUUAAUGUUCUCUGUACAUCAACACCAGCAGAGCAGUUGUACCCUGUAGCUAGAUGAUGAUUGUGCAAUAUUGUGACAGAGUUGUUUUUGACUCCAAGGAGCUAGAAACUGGUUUCUAACCCUGAGGCUUGACUCUAUUUUUGACAGCUUUGCAGAAAUGUGCACAGGAGGAACCAAAAGAUUAGCAGGGAGAGUUAAAAAAACUGCAGCAUGUUGCUUAAACUUAGCUGGUUUAAGUAUGUGAUACAGAGUAUUUUGGGCGUAGUGCAACACUAACACAACUAUGUCAUAGUACUCUUAAUACUUAUCUCUACUCACAUGUAAUCCAGUCUCUACUAGGGUCUUGGUCUUGGCUUGAACACAGUGUUCUUAACCUGACCUCCUCCCACUCAGCCAGUGAAACGUUUUUCUUUACCUCAUUUCUUCUUCCUCUCUGUUUUCAGCGUUUCCCUGUUUGCAGUAUCUUUGUUUAAACAGUGCACAUGAACAACUUUUACCUGACUAAUGACAACUCAGACUUGUUGAUUAUUUACUUUUUUAAUAUUGAACCUGUUUGCUCAUGAAAUCAUCUGCUCAAGGCCUCUCAGUCUAGUAGUCAUAAAAAUAAGUGAGUUAUGUCUUGUCUAACAGCUGUAAACCCCUUUUUCUGCUCUCUUUUAGAUGACUCUGAAGAUGCCACUGUCAACAAAAUUGCGUAAGUGAAAACCUAUAAUGAUUGAUGGACCCAAAGGAAUCUGUGUUCUCACUCUCACCGUGAUUAGUGUCAACGUACACCGUGGAGCAGAUACCUUAGUCAACGUGACAUCUGUACUGCCCUGAAGCCAUCAGGCUGUAGAUUUAUCAUUACCCAGUCUUGUUUGCACCUGUGUGUUUAUUUGUUAGUUGGUUGGGAUGAGGGCGCAGGAUUCUCAUUUGCCCUUUGUCCUGACACGCUGGCACUGUGUCACCUUAUCCUGAGCCACUCCAGCCUUUCACCUAGAAUGUGCUAUUAGGGAUCGGGGCAAAACUCACAAUAUGUGACUUCACGUUGCUUGUCUUUCUUCCUUCCACAGGCUGUGGUUGUGCACGUUCACCCUGUCUGUGGCAGUAUGUGCUGUUCUCCUUCUCCCCAUCUCCAUUUUGUCCAACGAGGUUCUGCUCACCUUCCCACACAGCUACUACAUGCAGUGGCUCAAUGGAUCUCUUAUUCACGGUACUUAAAAAAAUUAGUCCACUGCAUCAAACCAUAGAUCAGUUUUGAACAACCAGGGGAAAUAACUGUCUGUUAUCAGCUCAGAUUUGAUUAGGAUCACUGGUAAUAAGCUCAGAAUCAAUACAAUGCAUGCCUAUGUUCAAUCAGAUCACAACUAUAGAUACAGUCGCUGUGGUCCUGCCUGGUGUUAGCAGAGGCCCAUCACACUCAAACUGAGGAACAAAGAUUUUAAUUCAGUGUUUCAUAUCAAAUGAUCUUCUGAGUUAAAAGUCAAUAGCUGCAAAAAUUUUUAAAAAAAGUUAACCAGGCCUGAGGUAAAAACCUGCAGCUGUGCUCGUGUGUAAAAGUUGGAGAGUCGUUUUUUGUUGUCAUGUCAUGGCCUGUCUCGUCCUGCUCCACUGCGUUGGAGGACUACACCUCACAGUGGUUGACAGCGGAACUGACAUGGAUGUAUUGUACUGUAAACAUAUGUUUGCAACAUCGCUCUUUCUCUCUCUUCCCAGGGCUGUGGAACCUAGUUUUCCUUUUCUCCAAUUUGUCCCUGGUCUUCCUCAUGCCUUUUGCAUACUUCUUCACUGAGUCUGAGGGAUUCGCAGGGUCCAAAAAGGUAUUGCGUUUGACAUUUCCUCACAUACCAAAACCACCAAACAAAAAUGAAUACUGUGUAUUUCUAAACUCAGAAAUCCUUAAGUUUCUCUUCUGUUUGUGUAGGGGGUAAUGGCAAGAGUUUACGAAGCGGUAGUGCUGCUUUUGCUUCUGGCUCUGCUUGUACUCGGCAUCGUGUGGGUUGCAUCAGCCCUCCUUCACGAUAACGAAGCCAGGAAAAGCCUCUAUGGUGAGUCAUAGGUUUAACUCAGGUAUUCCUCAAUGAAUAGCUGUGGGGUUUUUUUUUUUCAGUUUUAAUACAGACACUUAAAACCCUCUCUUCUACAUUUCAGACCUGUGGGAGUAUUACCUGCCCUACCUGUACUCGGGCAUCUCUCUGUUUGGAGUGUUACUGCUCCUGUGUAAGUAUAUCUCAAGUAUGGUUACACAUGACAUAGCUACCCCUAAACAACUGAAACUUGCAUAUCACCAUCUUUGUGUUUCUGUCCUCAGUGUGCACUCCCUUUGGCUUGUCCCGAAUGUUCAGUGUAACUGGCAGCCUAUUGGUCAAACCCCGGGUGAGUAACCAACCCAAUCACAUGAACAAAAACACCUGACUUCAUCUAAAGUUAUUUUUGUGUUGACUGUAUGUCUUUAAACUGAAGUUUUUUAAUGAUGUCUCUGAUGCCACAGCUGUUGGAAGAUGUAGAUGAAACUUUGAACUGCGCUACAUUUGAGGAAGACGCCCUCUCCAGGAAACUAAAAUGUAAGCGCAGCAUAACGAGCACAGAGCUUUUCCAUUUCAUGACGGCUCAUUUCGACACUGAUUUGUUGACUCUGUCUGUCUGCGUUGUGUUUUAUCUGAAUACAGGCAGUCGCACAUCAUGCUGGGUAAAGCUAAAUUUGGAGGCAAUGAAGAGGGAGUAUCAGGCAGUUCAGAGCAAGCGCAUCGCCCUGGGUAAAACUGAUUGCCUAAGCUGCUCGCUACUUUUUUUGUUUUAACAAUAACAACCUUGUUAUGUGAGGCUGUGCACUUAUUUCUCUAUUUUUAUUCCUGUAUUUCUGAUAGAAACACGUAGGAAAGCAUCCCCAUGGCAGAGGAACUUGGGCUACCCACUGGCCAUGCUUGUGCUCCUUGCACUGACGGUACAGACUUUUUCACUGAUACGCUAACAGGCUGUUUCAGCUCAGGUAGUUGUUAUCACUUUGUAAGUCCUCCGUCUGUCUGUCCCUUCAGGUGAUGUGUGUGCUGAUGGUCUGCUUUAAUGUGUUGGAGUUGCUCUUGGAUGAGACAGCCAUGCCCAGAGGGAUGGAGGUGACGAUUUAGCUAAAUAUAAUUUUCAUGCUUGGUGAGCAUAAGCAACUUAGUCAUCUGUUUAUACUGACGAUUGUUUUUCUUUGUGCUGUAGGAUCCUCACCUUGGGAUGGCCUCCUUCUCCAUGUUUGGCUCACUUGGUGCUGCAGUUCAAGUCGUCCUUAUUCUGUAUCCUUCCAGCCUGUUUAUUUUCAACUUCAUGAGUGUUUGAGCGAAGUGUUUAACUCACUCACUCGUGUUUUUUUUUAAUUUAUCUGUUUUAUAAGGGAUUCCUUUGUCUGCCAGUAAAGAGGAAAACUUGGCAACUUACAGACUGUCCCUGCUAUUUGACCAGUGUGGGAUAUUUUUCAGCAGAUAUAGAAAUUUAAAAAAAAGACUCCUUUCCUCUUUCCAGUUUUUUCCUUAAGAUAAAUUUCAGCUAUUUGAUGGUGUCCUCAGUGGUGGGCUUCUACAGUUCUCCUCUUUUCACUGGCCUCCUGCCUCGUGCACAGGACACCAAUCUCACACAGGUACGAGCAGCUUCACUUAGAUGAAUCUCACCUCACAGUGGGAUACAAAUGAUCUGCGUUUACAGUAAUCCCAAAAUGUCUUUUUUUUUUUUCAGAUGAUUGCAAACUGUGUCUCACUACUUAUCUUGAGCUCAGCACUCCCAGUAUUUUCUCGCACACUCGGUAAGAAUGCAACACGAAUGACGAAUGCCACAUUUUAUUAAACUGAUUCAUUGUUCCACAUCACACUUUUGGGGGUGUAAACCCAUAUAAUCAUGAUGCCCUAUAAUGUUUAUUUUGAUAAAUGAGUCAAGUUUUGCUGAUAUAGAAAGAGUAUGAACCAAACUGAGAACCAAAUUUUUAUUUAUUCAGUGUCAUAAGAUGGGGAUAUAGUACGGUAUCAUUGAGCAGCUUAAUGUAACCAGUCACAUUUGUAAUUUUGUUACAUUCAUAAAGGUUGUGCGUCUUAAGAUUAUGAUUUAAUUGAUUCUUUUUGUUCACAUAAUAUUGAUUAUAUCCGAUUGCUUGUGCUGAAAAACAUUUAAAAUAGUUUUAAAUGGUAAUGUAUCAGCUCAACAAAGAGCACAGAAGUCUGGCAAAUUGGUUCAACAGUUCUCGUUUAAGACAACAUAAAUAUCCUCCUUGGUAAUAUACCUUAAAAACCGGUGAUUUUCUCCUUUGAUUUGGUAUUUUAUCUGGAAUCAGGGCACUGCUUCCUUUUAAGUAUAACCAAGAGUCGCUUAAUCAACUUUUCACUUGUAGUUUUAGAAACAGCCACAAGAGGGUGUUUGUAUGUCUUUCUGUGCUGAAGCAGCAGGUGAUGCCUGGUUUCAGUCGUUCAUUCCCAAGUGUUACAUUUUCUGUUCUUUUACAUCAGGGAUCACCCGCUUUGAUCUGCUGGGAGACUUUGGUCGGUAUAACUGGCUUGGGAACUUCUACAUUGUCUUUCUGUACAACAUGCUGUUUGCUGGUCUCACCUCAGCCUCCCUGAUCAAGACCGUCACCUGGGCUGUACAGAGAGAGCUCAUCCGUGCCUUUGGUUGGUCUAUUUCCUUUUCCUUUUUUUCGAAGUGAGGUCAAGUACUUUGUAUUAAUAUUCAUGUAGAGCUGUCUGAGGGCUUGUGUUGUGCUGAAACACGUAACUCCUGGGCAGCUGUGUCAUAUGUUUUCCCACCUUUGGCCCCGUUUCCCUGUGGGCUGGUCUCUCUUCCUCAGAUAGAAAGAAUACAAUUAUUUCAGGAAAGUGUAAAGGGACAAGAGGAGAGUCAGGUCUCCUUGGGGACCUUCAGGCACACCGCCCAAGACCCCUCGCAGCACACACGCCCUCUACCCCUCCACCAAACACAAACAACACUCAGAGCAGAGACACGCCAACACACACGCACAUACAUGCAAUCCCCUUCCUCACAGUACAGAUAGUAUCUCCACACCAUGGCAGCUCCCAUGCACUUUCCCAUUGCCUCACAACUCACUUUGUUCUGUGAUUAAUAGACUUUUUACUUCACCAAAAAGCACUAUUUUCUUUGCAUCGCAGGGUUAGAGCUCCGCCUUGUGAUUGUGCAUGACGUUAUGGUCUCUUUCUGUUUUUGCAGGUCUCCACAAACUGCCUUUGACUGUGUCACGCUCCACCGUCCCCUUCAGACUCCUCCUGGCCAGUGGACUGUCUAAAAUCCAGUGACCUUUCCUUCUCUCACCCUCAGCCCUAAACUAAAGAAACAAAGCCACUUCAAACCAGCACCUCUGAUGAUUAGUCUCUUGGCCAGUUUAUAAAUUGGUCAGCCCAUUAAAGAAGAGACUCGUGAAGAUUUCAAGUCUGUGAUUAGCAGCAGGAGCUCAAAAUGAAGCUGUGAUCAACAUAUCAGGGUGAAAGUGAGUGACUUUUAUAUGGCUGCAAGGACAAGUGCUGGUACAAGCUUUUAGCCGAGUCAUGGAUCAGACUGGAAGAAGGGUAAAAGGGAUUGAAGUCAUUGUGGCAGUCCUGCCAUAAUGGACGAGUAUCCCCUGCUUGAAACAUGAUACUCAAUGAAAAGAGAGGAUCCAGUGGAAAGCCGUUGUUCUGUUGACACGUGGAAAGUCAGCAGAGUUAUUUUGAAAUAUAAUAUGAUAGAUGUGACAUCAUUUCCUCUUCCUGCUCAGGUUGGUUGAGGGCUCUCCCUUUGCUUUCCUCUCCUCGGUUGUAACACUAUUUUAGGAUUGGGAAUCUUACUUCCAUGUGGUGUAGUCUGCACCAGUGUUUUGUGAGUUGAGAGGAAGCUGUAGGAGAGAAUAGGACACAGAGAUCCCUGUGUCUCUAUGGCUCUGUAGAUCACAGUACACAGACUAUAAGAGGGAGGUAAUAUGUCAGUGUUGGAGCUUUUUUUAUGACCCAGGUUUACUUGUCAUUUAAGAUAAUUUACUGUGGUGAUUUCUCAUUGAACAGGGUUUUUACUUUUGUAGAUGGCAGGAAUUUAAAUACGUGAGGAUUACUCAUGAUUUACAAAAGUAGUCUUAAAAAAAAGCUUUACACUUUAGCUUAUGCAAGACUUUCUGCCUUUGACAAAUCAAACUGUGAAUUAUUAAGAAUUUGUCUGGGAAAGUGCAAUAUUUUAUAAGCAACAUUCCGCUUUUAAACUUUACCAAAAGUAAUUUCAAUUUUUAUGUGCUUUCUGUUGAUUUUUGUGUGGACAAUUUUUAGCUCAGUUUAUGAUACUGACACUAGAUGAAUGUUUUAGAGUGGUUACAGGGUAUUUGCAGUAAGCGAAUGUGACAGUCAAUCUAUGCAAUCCUCUCUGAUGUUCGUCUUUUGAUUUAAGAACUUUAAUUCUACCAUCUUCAUCAGCUGUAUCACAUCUUAAACGUGUUGGUGAUUCUGUGUCACCGUUUGUCUUUGCUGCUGUAUCAGCAGGUUAUUAGCUAUAGGUUUGACCAGCAGAGGACAGUGUCUCUUAAACCCAACACCAGCCUCUGUGUCCCGUGAGUCCCUCUUUGGUUACUCAUUACUAUGUGUAUUAUACGAGGAGCACUCUGUGGUUUACACAUUUCACUACUUUUCUGGGGAUUUUCUUUUGUUUUUUUGGGGGGGAGGAAUACACAUGUUUGUGUUAUCUUACCAGUAUUUAUAACCAUGUUGGGAUCACCACUUCAUAUAUUGUCAUUAUUCAUGUAAAUCUGAUGUAGAUGAGUCAAAAAUAUCUUAAGAAUUGUUUGUUGUUUACCUCUGAGAUGCUCUGACUGGAGCUUUAAAUCAUCAUCAUCAUUAACAGAAAGCAAUAAAAAACUUUUUGGUGUUUUUUCUAAA